AUGAUUGAAUAUUGUACAGGUGCUCUGCAAUAUGGGCACUUGGGAAAACCAAAAUAUGAUUCGGAGACUCAGACAUGGAGGUUCCCCCGAACAUUGACGCCGGCACCAACUUUACAUUAUGCCGGAGUAACAAAGACCACUGUCCCAUCUCCCCUCACGGUGCCACGGUCCUCGUCUAUCGAAAAUAAAUCUCUUAUACCGCAAGUCUAUCCCGAGCUUGGAUCCUGUUGGCCGCAAGUCCGCAACGAGACUCUUUCCAAUGCCAUCUCAAGAACCUACGACGUUUGCGAUCCACUCGUCUCCUCGCUUCUCGAUUUAGGACAUGCGAUAGAUUUUGAGAAAGAUGACCCAGGCAACCGUCUUAUUCCCAUAGCGGCGAUAGCAUCCGGGGAGUGCGGCAACGCCAUUAGCCUGUAUAGAAUAGAGGAGGAUACAGUCAAAUUGAGGCAUGAUGCAGCAAAUGAAAUUCGAGUUCCCUCAAUCGGGAGAUUAGAGAGUGUGCAGUGGUCUUCAGGCGGUGCGCCAGUCCAGCAAAUCUGUUUCGGGCAAACUCUAGAAGAAAAGGCCACAUGGAUGGCAGCUCGUUUCCCUCACUCUACCAGAAUCUUCCGGCCGCUGUACCACCGACACCCCAUUUCUACUGGCGUUUGUUAUCAUGGUGAUUCCACAAAACCAAUCGACUGUGGCACUUCUCGCCUUGACGCGAACCCGUUGGUGGAAAUAUCUUGCGAACAGACCGGGGGAUUCAUGCAUGCAGAUGUGGCUUUCAAUCCAUGGUAUCCACAACAACUGGGCAUUGUUGAUGUGAGUGGGAACUGGGGGAUAUGGGAAAUGUCGCGUCACAAUCGAAACAAGGGCAGUUGGACCAGUAACUGCAGCAAGUCCGGCUCUUUGCCAUGGCUCGACAAUGACGACGGCCAAGACACAGAAAACCAUACUAGGCAUGAUGGAUGGGCAGCCAUAGAAUGGGCUAGCGAUUACAAGAGCUUCGUCGUGUCUGAUCGCCGUUGUCCCAUAAUUUAUCGCAUUGAAGCCGAUCAGGUAUCUUCCUUCCCAAUAGAACUUGACUUGAAGCGCCCAUCGGAGUGGAUCCUAGACAUCAAAAGAAGUACUUGCAAUGUGUCUCAUGUCUUCAUUCUUACAACCUCUCGGGUGUUCUGGAUUGAUAUCGCCCUAGACCCUGUCUCGACCACCGCGGGAAGUACGAGGCGCUCUCUAUAUCCUCGCUUGUUCUGGCGUCAUUUCCGGGACCCUGAGGACACAACUUUGCAACUAGCUCCACUUCUAGUGCACCAACAACUCUAUUUCGUGCUUUCUUCUCGGUUACAUAACCUUGUGUUGACUUUUCAUUGUCCUACUGCAUCCGAGGACUACACAGAUAUGGCAUCUGUCCCUGACCCCUUCGUGUUGGAAAUCCCACCUCCGUCCGAUCAUGUCGCAGGAUACCCAAAGCCUGGGAAAACAGCACAGUUCUCCAUCUGCUUCAAAGAGAUUGCACACGUGCCUGUUGGCAAAAAGCACUACGACCCAACCGCAAAUCUGAUCAAACUCUUCUUACUGGAUUCUCGCCUAUCCGUCCGUGAAAUAGUAUACACUCAGCCUCGUGACGAUAGCGCUGAUGAUGUGCAUGUCCUGGAGAAAGAUAUUCUGCGGUUGAGACGUUACCCGGGAGCUUCUAAGGCUUCUUUCUUGCGGUCUUUGGAUGGUUUCAUAGUAGAUGAUUGGGACGAAUCCGUCUUUAGAGCCAGUGCGGCCCCUGCACCUGAUAAGAAACUUUCUAAAUGUCCACCAUUGCCCUCUCUACAUUGGACUGUUAAUUAUUCACAUAUUUAUGAAAUCGCCACUGGGAGCUUGAUUCAUUCUAAAGAAGGCGAGGGCUUGCACACGCCGGGACAGUGCUUACAGGACCUUAUAGAUGGUUUGAAAGUCCACCAGACCAGCCACACUGUCGGCCAAACUUUACUCGACGCCUUCAAAAGCAGCUGCUGGCGGUUAGAUGAUAUCGACCAGAAUGCCCGGGACCUGAAAGCUUUUCUUUCUUCGAUCGAGGGCACCAAACCACUCUGGUUAACCCCGGCUCAGAGAAUAUCCAUUUUAGGUCCACCUGGCCUUUUUGGUGCACCCUCAUCAAAAGCCCCUGGCCUGGAAAAGGCUUCUGCGACCGGGACCUUGGUUGACAUUUAUGAUGGACUGGUCAAUGAUUGGCUAGCUAUUUUGCCGCAUGGUAUACCUGGGCGCACACGCAUCAUGAAAGAAAAAAUAAUCAGAUCCGUCGCGGCGGAACUCGCUCUGGCUCAGUUAUCUUUGACACAUUCAUCUUCCCAAGAGAAGGGGUCAUCAAGCUUAAAUGCACCACAAAGUCAGACUAAUGAGACUUUGUCUGAUGAGGCUCCGUUGUCAAAGGGAAGGUCUUCAUUUUACGAUGACCAGGAGAGAACUGCUAUGGCAGGAAGCAGUGCUAGGGAAGAUGGGCUACCUGAUCGCGCGAAAAACCUGACCGCGGUGUGCUCUAGUCUAUCCUCCCUCACUGCAUUUUCUGGCAAGCGACCGGUGUCUAGAAGCACAACCAGUAUGUUACAGCAUUGGAAGUUGGGAACGGACCCGACUACAUACAAAUGGCACCAUACCACGCAAAUGUUGGAUGGCGAAGACUCGCGGCGAGUUCUCAAAUCGACCGCUUCGCAACGAAAGCCGCGUAAGAAGGUACUAGGGGGGUCACAAGGGUCCAGUCAGCAUGUUACCGCCCCUACACCCCCGGCGUCUUCCGCGGUCCCUGUAGUUCGGGAAUGGGGCAGCCAGCCGGAGAAUAGCGAACCGCCGGCCAUAAGACUGCAAAGCAGCCAGCCCAUGGAAGACGACCUUCCAAUGACCCAGGUCGAGCGAGGAAUGUUUGGAGGACGCGAAGCCAGCCGUAAGGUCGCCACGAAGACUAGGAAGAAGAAGAGGGCAGCUGGAUUCUAG